CGAAAUGUCAAAAAUAUAAACAAUAACAAAAAUGCUGCAGAAGAGCAAAACGAGCAGACCAAGUUUACAAAAAUUUUGUGUUUUGUAUAAAGGCAGUUUGUAAAAUUCUGUUAAAGUUGUUCCAUACAUUUACUAGUGCAAACGUUUAGACAAAUAGAUUAUGAUGCCCCAGCUGCGGUACGGUCCGACGGUGCUCUACCUUCUGGCAGCCAUAAUCCCCUGCAGUUUGGAAGCCGUCGAAAUCGAUUGCUCGGAGCUACGUAUGGGGCAGUACCUGUGCCCGGAUCCAAGCGUGAGGCACAUCGAUCCCAAAACCCAACAGCUGCGCGGGUGCACCAAAGAGAACAAAGCGCGCGUCUGGUGCCUGGCGGUGGAGGGCAUCACCUGCAGUGAGACGAAAAAUUCGAGCUUCACCCGGGAGAUGCCCUGCAAGUGGACCAACGGGUACCACUUCGACACCUCUCUUCUCCUGUCCGUCUUUCUUGGCAUGUUCGGAGCGGAUCGAUUCUAUUUGGGUUACCCGGCGAUCGGUUUGCUCAAGUUUUGCACCCUGGGAUUCAUGUUUCUCGGCCAGCUGGUGGACGUCAUCCUGAUAGCAACCCAAGUGGUCGGCCCAGCGGAUGGAUCGGCCUACGUGAUUCCCUACUACGGUCCCGGAAUCACAGUGGUGAGGAGUGACAAUUGGACCUACCGGUUACCGCAGGACAAUUGGUGAUUGUUAGCCAACGUUUUCAACAUCCGUAGAAUAAUAAAGCACUGACUGAUGAUGGCUUGGAAUGCAUUAGCCUUAA